AUGCCGCUGUCCUUGUCCAUAAAAGCCCUGGAGCUGACCUUCAUCUUCACGGACGGGGAGGAUGAGGAGCUGAAGAAGCAAGCACGAAACGUCAUCAACACCAACUGCUCAGCCGCCCACAGCCGCCAGGCCCUGUCCUGCAAGAUGGCCGUGGAGUACGACAAGUUCAUUGAGUCCGGCAGAAAGUGGUUCUGCCAUGUGGACGAUGACAACUACGUGAACGUGCGGACGCUGGUGAAGCUGCUCUCCAGCUACCCUCACACGCAGGACAUCUACAUCGGGAAGCCCAGCCUGGACCGGCCCAUCCAGGCUACGGAGAGGAUCAGCGAGAACAAGAUGCACCCUGUGCAUUUCUGGUUUGCCACGGGCGGAGCGGGGUUUUGUAUCAGCCGGGGGCUGGCACUGAAGAUGAGCCCGUGGGCCAGCGGGGGCCACUUCAUGAGCACAGCGGAGAAGAUCCGCCUGCCCGACGACUGCACCAUCGGCUACAUCAUCGAGUCUGUGCUGGGGGUGAAGCUCAUCCGGAGCAACCUCUUCCACUCGCACCUGGAGAACCUCCACCAGGUGCCCAAGACGGAGAUCCACAAACAGGUGACACUAAGCUACGGCAUGUUUGAAAACAAGCGCAACUCCAUCCACAUGAAAGGAGCCUUCUCUGUCGAGGAGGACCCAUCCAGGUUUCGCUCUGUGCACUGCCUGCUGUACCCUGACACGCCGUGGUGCCCCGCCAAUGUGGUUUACUAGGAGACGCGUGUCCCCUCCAACCUCGUCCCGAAUUUCCCCGGUAUCCGACGGGUGCGC